AGGAUUCCGUGGUUGCUGGCGAAGUCCGUGCAGAUAGAAGUCAUGCUACUUGUCUGUUCUGUGGAUUAUUAAAACACUAUUCCAGGGGCGUACCCCUGUCCAAAUACAUCUUCUGCUUUUAUAAAGGUGCUGUCACCAUGGUGCCCUUCCUCUUCAAGCACCUGGUCACUCCCUUCAGGAUGCCCUGGUUAGCCCUGACGUCGGCCUCCACCACUACCCUCAGGGUGCCCUGGUUAGCCCUGACAUCAGCCUCCGCUCAGCCCAGCUGCUGCAGAAGCCUGUCCACGCUCAGCGCGGCAGCCUCCAGCAGAGCGCUCUCAUCACCCACAGGCAGCAGCCCUAGCCAACCAGCCUCCUCCGGAUCUUCCUCCCGGUGUGGAGCCACCCUGCUGGGCCGCUGUCAGCAGCUCGUCGGCUUCCAGCCAAGCGCUGGGAUGAAGACCAAGACUGCCCUGAAAAGACGCUGCAAAGACUGCUUCAUUGUACGACGCAGGGGACGCUUGUUUGUGUUCUGCAAGACAAACCCCAGGCACAAGCAGAGGCAGGGCUGAACCAUCAGAGAGAAUAGUGAGAUUGGUGGUUUAAGGCCAUGCAUGGUCGAAUUUGACUAAAUGUAAAUGAUUUCUGUUAAAAAAAAUAAAGUAUGUUUCUAUUAUGUGCACUUAAGGUUUGUUUGUAUUAUGUGUGGUUUUCUUUGAUAUCAACUUAUCUCGAUUUUUAACGUUCUAACCCAUUUAUAAAUGUGUCUUUUAUAUUUGUAAU